AUGUGCUCUAUGAAUGACCCCUUCCCUGUUCCAAAUGAGUGGUACCAGCCAGGUGGCCUCUUCAUUGGUGGGAUGACUUCUCAGAUAAUUUAUGCUUCCCAAGAAGUUCGCUUUCAUGAACACCCUUCUCAGAAGUUGUUUGAGGUCUCAGCUAUUGUGACAAAAUUCUACCAGCAUGCUCUUUCCUUGGCAUUUGCCAUAAAUGAGAUCAACCAAAAUCCCAUGAUCUUGCCUAACACGACACUUGGAUUCCACAUCUACGACAGCUACUAUGAUGCCAUGAUGACCUACCGAACCACUCUAGACCUGCUCUUCAAAUCGCAUACAUUUGUCCUCAACUACAGAUGUGACAGUCAUAAAAAACUCAUAGCUGUCAUCGGAGGACUUGGCUUUGAGACAUCUUCCCUUAUGGCAGACAUCUUAGGUCUCUUCAAGAUUCCACAGCUCACCUAUGGCUCCUUUCCACCAAAGAAGAAUGACUUAGGUCCUGUCCACUUUUUAUACCACAUGGUGCCAAAUGAAGCCCAUCUGUACAAGGGGAUUAUUGGCUUGUUUAACCAUUUUGGAUGGACGUGGGUUGGGCUCUUCAUUGUGGAUGAUGACAGUGGAGAACAUUUCUUGCAGACCAUGGAGCUGUUGUUUUCCCAAAAUGGAAUCUGUUCAGCCUUCAUACAAAGAAUCCCACAGGCACCCAAUUUGGAUGAUUUAGAUACAGUUGUUGACAUAUUCUCAAGUAAUUAUAUAGAUUUCACAGAUGACAAAGCCAAUGUCUUUAUCAUCUAUGGGGAAUCUAUGACAAUUGUAUGGCUGAGAACCAUUACAAUUCUGCAAGAUCCUGCAAAUUGGAGAAAGACAUCAUUUAAAAAGGUGUGGGUCAUGACAAGCCAGAUUGAUUUAAUAUUGACAGGCUUUCAAAGGGGCUGGGGUCUUCAUUUAUUCCAUGGGGCAAUUUCCUUUGCAAUUCACUCAGAAGAUGUUUUAGCCUUCAAAGAAUUUCUUCAGAAAGGAAAGCCUUAUUGGGCCAAAGGAGAUGGAUUUGUUAAUGAAUUCUGGGAGCAAGCGUUUGACUGUUCAUUUCCAAAUCUUGAAGAGCCAGCAAAUGACUUCAAAGUAUGUACUGGGGAGGAGAAGUUGGAGAGUCUUCCUGGUCCUCAGUUUGACCUGCUCAUGUCUGGCCACAGCUACAGUAUCUAUAAUGCGGUCUAUGCUGUGGUUCAUGCUUUGCAUGCUGUUUACUCAAGUAGAACCAAACCCAGAGUCAUGCUGAGAAGGGGAAGAUUUGAACUUCAAGAUCUGCAGCCUUGGCAGCUCCACCUCUCUCUCAAUGACGUUUCAUUUAACAACUCAGCUGGAGAAACUAUCGCAUUUAAUGGAGAAACAGAAAUGGGAGGUGAAUUUGACAUCACUAACCUAGUUAUAUUUCCCAACAAUUCCUUCCAAAGAGUGAAAGUUGGAAGGGUCGGUCCUGGUGGUCUUGGAGAAAAAGAGUUCAUCAUUGAUGAGGACAUAAUUGUGUGGCCCAAUGGUUUUAACCAGGUGUGGCUCCUGAGUUGCUGCUAUGAUUGUGCUCCAUGCUCUGAAGGGAAGUUUGCCCACCAGACAGAUAUGGCUGACUGUUUAAAAUGCCCAGAAGAUCAGUAUGCAAGUGAUGACAAAAACCGAUGCAUCCCCAAAACUAUCACUUUUCUGCAUUACCAAGAAUCCUUAGGAAUCAGUUUAACAUCGCUUGCUGUUUCUUUUUCUGUGGUCACAGCAUUGGUGCUAGGAACUUUUAUUAAGUAUAAAAAUACACCCAUUGUCAAAGCCAACAAUCCGAACCUCACCUACACUCUCCUCACCUGCCUCAUGCUCUGCUUCCUCUCUUCUUUACUAUUCCUGGGCAAACCUGGAAAAGUGACCUGUCUUCUCCGACAACCUACCUUUGGCAUCGUAUUCUCAAUGGCUAUUUCUUGCUUGUUGGCAAAGACCACUAUUGUUUCUUUAGCAUUCAUGGCAACAAAACCUGGAUCUAGAAUGAAGAAAUGGGUGGGGAAGAAACUGACCAACUCUAUUGUCCUAUCCUGUUCUCUUAUUCAAGCAAGUAUUUGUACUGUGUGGUUGGCAACAGCUCCCCCAUUCUGUGAUUUAGACAUGCACUCAGCAAAGGAAGAAAUCAUUCUGCAAUGUAAUGAAGGGUCAGUCGUCAUGUUCUACUGUGUCUUGGGCUACAUGGGCCUGCUGGCAAUCCUCAGCUUCAUUGUGGCAUUCCUGGCCCGCAAGUUACCUGAUACUUUUAAUGAAGCCAAGUUCAUUACAUUCAGCAUGCUGCUCUUUUGCAGUGUGUGGGUUUCCUUUGUUCCAACUUACCUGAGCACCAAAGGGAAAGACAUGGUGACUGUAGAGAUCUUUUCUAUCUUAGCCUCCAGUGCCGGGCUACUAAGUUGCAUCUUUUCUCCUAAAUGCUACAUCAUUGUUUUGAGGCCUGAGUUGAACAACAGGGAGCAAAUAAUAAAGAAAAGGCGUUAA